AUUCAACAUACCUUCAUUUUCUGAACAAAAAUAAUCUUAACACAUUAUUAAAAUUCCACAUAAAAUCUAGAUAGUGAAAAUAUCCAAAAUCCACUCUUCGAUUUCCAUGGAAAGUAAAAAAUCGAAUUUGACAUUGACGUUUAUUUGAAGUUUGAUAAGUUUGAUCGAAAAAAGGUAAAAACUCUACAGAGGCGAAAAGGAAUAAAUAGGUUUUGCAGUAUUAAAAACACUGAAAAAUGGCGCAAGAAGUCGAAGAAACCAUGAAAAGGAUCCAGUCCCACAAGGGUAUCGUAGGCACUAUCAUAGUGAAUGCGGAAGGCGUUCCCAUUAAGACCACGCUAGAUAACACAACAACAGUGCAAUACGCUGGGUUAAUAAGUUCUUUAGCCGACAAAGCUAGGAGUGUCGUUAGAGAUUUGGAUCCUUCGAACGAUCUAACUUUCUUGAGAAUUCGAUCGAAGAAGCACGAAAUUUUGGUAGCUCCCGAUAAGGAAUUCAUUCUUAUAGUCGUUCAAAAUCCGGUCGAUUGAUCGUUUUUCAUACUCGUAUUUAUUCAAAUUAUUCAAAUGCUAGCUUCGAUUUGAUUGUGAAUUCACGC